AUGCCGGGUUCAAAGUUGGGCGAGGUCGAGGUGCACCCGGUUGUAAAAGACCUGGAGGUGCAGAAGCUGGCCUGGGUACAGGCGGCCCAGGUCGCACACUCGUCGAACGAUGUGGUGCCCGAUCAGCUGGAUUUUCAGCUGGGUGCUCAGCUGGCUGAGGUCGUCGAGUAUGGUGGUGCCGCCUUUGUCGUCGGCGAGAACGACUACGAUGGUGAUGCCGCGGACUCCUUUCACGCGGGGUACUCGCUGGCCUGGGUGAAACAUUUUGCAAAGGUAGAGGUGCGCGAGGCGGAGGGUGAGACAUGGAUCGAACAAGUCGCGCUUCGCGAGAGGUACAACGACCAAGACUCAGAAAUCAUGAAGAACUUCGAGGUGCACCAAGCGAAAUCCUGCCUGUACAUAGAGUUGCUUGAGUCGGCGAAGCCGAGCUGGUAUAGCUUCGGGAGGCUGGCCUGGAUGGCCAGAUUUGGAAAGAAGGUCGAUAGCCAGGACGGUAUGACCUGUCUGCUGGCUAUAUUCCUUGACGAUGCAGUGGACAGCCUUCAAAAUGUCGGCCCUGGGCACUGCAUUAAAGAAUCCUACCAAAUCGUCAUUCCACUCGACAUCUGCUUCAUCCCCAUUUCGAGAUGA